AAAUUACCAAGUGGUGGCAGAUGUUUACAGGCCCGCUCCCGUUGGCGUUAAAAAAAUACUGUAUUGCGGAUUAAAUGUUAUCGAUUUUUAGGAUUUAUCGAAUUCUAAAAAUUGUGACAAAAAAAAUUGUCAGACGUAUAAAAAACAAAAAUGCGUUGUAAAUAAAGUCGCGCAGACAGUAGCCCGACAUAGACUUUUACCGUUAUUGUGUUAUCCAACAACAACCUCCUUUUACACCUUCCGAAGUCAUCCUCCCAAGUCAGCUACCACGCGAUCAGAAUAUGUCGGAAACGUCUAGUCUUGACGUGGAAAGUGAGGAGCAGAGUUCCUUCGAGGUCAUCCAGGCGCUCCGCAUACGCUCACAACGCCUUGCCCUUCGCCUUCAGUUGACGCAUCGAGAAAUGGAGACAUCCGCGGCGGCAGCUUGCUGCCGUGAGGCUACAAGAACCGCUCAGCUUACUAAGGUCUUCAUGUUGAGGCGUCCUGUGGAAAUGGCUCCAGGGCAUUCCAUGCCGUCGGCACCUGCAAUGGCCGCUCCCAACCCGACGCCAGUGAGCAACAGGCAGGCCCUCCCCAACACCGGCUCUAUUCCUAUGGCCAUACCCAUGCCAAUGACAUUGCCUUAUCCCUUGCCACUGCCUCCUUUCCAUGCAGUUCCUAUGCAGAUGGCUCCCCAGCUGUCAGCGUCCCAUUCGCCCCAGAUGCAAUUCCUGCAAAAUAUGCAACAGGGACCGUCUUCCAGGGCGAAUGUACAAAUCAACGCUCCAAGUUCAAGUCAGAGGAAGAAAUCUAAAAAGGUGCUCAGGGACGAGGUGAACGCUCUAAUGGAAAUGGUGCUAAAGCUUUCUAUGGUCUGGUCACCAGACGUCAAUGCAUAUGCCAGCCAACUAAUUCGUCAGAACGGGGUACUUUCCCAGUUGGAGUGGAUGCAUCCCUCCGACAGUCUACGUGCCAAGGUGACCCAAAUUCCUCAGGCCGGACUGAGGCAACAGCGCAUUGAUGGUGGCAGCGAGAUGGGUCGUCAGCUGAUUAAUCAGCAGCGGCCUCAGGAGGGCCAGGCGCGCCUGCGUCGCGAGUCUGAGCUAUCCAGUACGAGCAGCAGCAGUGCUCCUCAACAAAACCAAACGCAGGAGAAUGAGCAGCAAGGCCAAGGAGGGCGUAAGCGCAAUCAUAGAAAACGUGACGGGUCUGGAAAGAACCCCAAGCAGUCGCUAAAGACCGAGCUGGUAGCGAUGCGGGCUUAUAUAAACAGAAUAGUUCAGGACUAUAUCGGAGUCGACCACCCACUACCACCAGAGUUGCAAUUCACUGGCGACUUUUCCGACCUCGAAGACCAUGCGCAGCGCUUGACUGCGGCGGGCUUUGGACGCAUCGUUGAGGAAGAGAUUCGAGUUAACCGAAAAAACAACCGACAGGCUUUUAUUCAAAUGUCAACCGAUCGUGAGGGCCUCGAACGUGAUGGCAUUGUGCUCCUACCGGUGGCUCGCCGCUACGCCUUCGAGGGAGACAAGGUACGCGCGUUUGUCCUAAAUGCUGGAGCCCAAAGCAACUCCAAGUCAGGGGAAUCCGCUGGAGGCAUCAUUGGUGGCAAACCGUCCAUUUCGCUCGCGGACGAAGAGGAACUCUCCGAUGAAACAGAGUCACAGGACUCGGACGCAGAUCCCGACAACGUGGUCGUUAUAUCCUCAGACAACUGUCCCAAGGCGUUUGUUAUAGCCAUUACUAAGCAGACGGAGCUGCGUCAGAUCGUUGGCACGAUUUCUUUUACGAAUCCCACAAAACUAUGCGAUGACCAGCUGUUCUAUAAAUUUCGUCCAUACGAUCUGCGUGUGCCGAUGGUCUAUGUACCCCAGGAUUCCUGUGCGGCGCAUAUAGGAAAGAAGCCCAACGAGGUGUCCGGAUUACUCUACCUUGCACAUAUUCUUGAGACGGACUGCAAUGGACACUGCAUCGCGGAACUUAUACAGCCGGUUGGUCGAGUGGGAAAUCUGGAAGACGAAUUGAAGGCCAUUCUUUUCCAUAACGGCCUCAGGGAUAUAAAGCCAUUCGAGCAACGCUUUAACGACAUGUAUUCCGAGCCUGCCCCACCUGUAAGUGCGGCCGAUCUGCGCCAUCGUCGAGACUUGCGUAAGAAGUGUGUUUUCACCAUUGACCCGCUGACGGCUCGUGAUCUGGAUGACGCCGUUUCCAUUGAGCAGUUGGGGGAUAACGUGUUCGAGGUGGGUGUGCAUAUUUCCGACGUAUCACACUAUCUAUCUGAGGCCUGCGAGCUGGAUGAAAUCGUUAAGGAGCGCUCCACCUCGAUUUAUCUGGUAAACGAGGUAAUUCAUAUGCUCCCACAGACCAUGUGCAUGCGCUGUUCGCUGUUGCCCGGAGAGGAUAAGUUUGCAUUUUCAGUGUUCUGGAAAAUGAACGAGCAGGGAGUCAUGCUCCAAGAUAAGCCCGAAUUCGCACGCACUGUUAUUAACUCGUGCACUCAGUUCGCCUAUGAGCAUGCCCAAAAGAUUAUCGACAACCCCGGAGAACGCUUUACCGAGGACGAUUUCCCAACGAUUGUUAACGGAUUUCAGCCUGAAGACAUCGCCGAACGAGUAUUAUUGCUCCACGAAAUGGCGCGGUCGAUGCGAAAGGCACGAUUUGACAACGGUUCCCUCACCAUCAAUAAUGCAAAGCUGCGCUUCGUACUUGAUCCAAUCAGCGGAGAGCCGCAGUGUUAUGAGGUGGAACAGCAGCGCGAAGCGAAUCGUAUGAUUGAGGAGUUCAUGCUUUUGGCCAACCAGGCGGUGGCUCGUUUUAUAUACGAUUCCUUUCCGGAAAUCGCCGUUUUACGAAACCAUCCCCCUCCAUUGACCAAAUCGCUUAAAUCGCUUAAGGAGAAGCUUUUGGCCCUAGGCUUGGAACUCGACUACAGUUCCUCAAAAGCGCUCCAGGAAAGCAUGGUGCGACUAUGCCGGGAAGCAUCUGAUCCUGUGGCCAUGAGCGCUUGCCUCAGCCAGUUGCUUAUGAAGCCAAUGGCCAGAGCCACGUACUUCUGUAGCGAAGGAAAAACUGAACCCGCCGACCUGUGGCACUAUGCGUUAUCCAUACCCAUAUACACCCACUUUACGAGCCCGAUUCGUCGAUAUCCCGAUAUAAUGGUUCAUCGACUUCUGGCGGCGGCCCUAAAAUACUGUCCCCCGCCUGGACGCACUCCAGACGAACUGCAUGCUCUGACGAAGUUGGCCAACGAACGAAAGUACAACGCCAAAUUAGCCGGAGAUGACUCCGGCAACCUGUACUUCAAGCGGUACGUUAAAAUGAAGCAGAGCGUCUACAUGACCGCUGUGGUCAUGGAAAUCUUUCAGCACAUGCUAAAUGUGGUAACCUUGGAGUCUGGCCACGUAAUUAGUAUUAAUUACAAGAUGCAGAAGGUCCUCGUCCAUACGCACAAUGCUCCCAACUUCAUAUUGAUCGCCGAUCGGAACCAGAAGCACUCGCCUCGCAAACUGCAACUGCUCUCCGUAGUUCCCAUCUGCCUGAUCAUGUUGGAGAACAAGCUGACGGGAUUCCUGAUGUUGGGCGACAAUAUGCCGAAUGCACUAAAGGAGCAGCCAGGUGUGUCGGGCGGGUCCCGAAGGAACAAGCAAAAGCAACAACAAAACCAUCAAGAGCAGCAACAUCAACAGCAACGCCAACAUCAACAGAUGCAACGAAUUUUUGCCAUGCGGCAAAAUAGUUUAUAGCCAAUCCGUUCGCUUCAGCCCCAUCCCACAAAUCCUUUGGCCCCCUCGUUUUUAUAGGUUCGCACCAAAUCCCAAGCUCUUAAAAAAAAUUCAAGAAAAUAACAUCAUUACUGACCAUUGGACCCGGCCUUACUGCCUGGGCGAAAACUUCCUCUGUGAUGCCUAACCAAUGCAGACUGCCACUUUUUCCACGAGAUGUGUAUAAAUGUAUGUGGUAUGUACAUUGUAAGAACAUAAUCAAAUUUCAGGAUACCCGAACAAUAAAGGCUACGACGAUCGACAA